AUGGCUGACCUUCUGUUUCCAAUCAACACUGAGCGGAUUACAUGCGGAUUUACCACCCACACGGCCGAUCUGCCCGCAGCAGUGAAAGUCGUCAACCUGUCCGAUCAAGACCUCGGGGUGCACAAGGUCACAUCGCGUACGCCGCAUAACAUCGUAUACGUCCCUCGAAAAGCCGUUCCAGCAUACGAGGCGUUUUACCCCGAGGGGUCCGUGAAUCCCGCUGGCCCCGUGCCCGGCGGGUUUGGAUUCUACGUCGCUGGACCGACAAGUUUUGCCACUGAGCUCGCUCACGCGAAGGAAGCGGUGUUAAGCUACUCAGUGAUGUUCGAGAAGGAGUGGCGGUGGGCGAAAGGGGGCAAGCUGCCCGGCAUUUUCGGAGGCAACGGUGAGAAGGCGUAUGGAUGCACGGGUGGAAGAAAAGACGACCGUUGCUCCUGUUUCGACCUGCGGUUGAUGUGGAGGGCGGCCGGCGAUGGAGAAAUCUACGCAUAUAUGCCGUUGGAAGACGCCAACGAGUCGAGCCUAUUACGAGUCCCGCCGUCAUCGAAAAGAAACCCCGAUUACGGGUAUUCCGUUGGUAGAGGCUCCUUCCAAUUUGUCGCCGGUCAAUGGAUUACGAUCGCCCAGCGAGUGCGACUGAACGAGCCGGGUCGACCGGACGGAGAAAUGCAACUCUGGGUUGAUGGAAAGUCAGUCAUCGAAGUGUCGGGCCUGGUGUUCCGAAGCACAGAUGCCGCGUGCAUCAAAGGCAUUCACUUUCAAACCUUCUUUGGAGGACAUGGGCCUGACUGGGCCUCGCCAAAAGACCAGAGGGCGUGGUUCGCUGAUAUAUCGGGUGCCGUUCUAUCCUCGUAA